ACGAGCAGCCAGACUACUACCAAAGUGUGUGUGUGUGUGUGUGUGUGUAUAUGUGUGCGCAUGAGAGCACAGUGUGUGAAAGCGUGUGACGGAGAGAGAGCUGAGGAGCCACGCGCUGCUUGAAGGCUUACAGAUAGGUAUAGCUAAGAGAGAGAGGAAAACUCAGCAUCUUGGGGAAAUAUUUUUAUGAGCUGAUCCUCGUGAGCCGGCAGCCUCAUCCUGCAGCGCCGUAUGACCACGUCACCUCACACACUCAUACACAGCUGCCGAUCGCAGUUUCAGGAAGGGAAGUUAUCUUUUAACGCGCAGCCCUCAGAGGAUCCCAAGGCAGGAAGAGUCUCCAGCAAGUGACAACUCUCAGAAAUGAGCUGCAGGAAGAGAUGCAAGAGAGAAUUCCUGAAGUUUGCCCAGUACCUCUUCAGACUCAUCACCGGCACCCUUAAUGCAGACAGUGUUGAGGAUGAGCUGGAGCUGUCGGCAGUGCGUCACCGACCUGAGGGUCUGGAGCAGCUGGAGGCUCAGACGCGCUUCUCUCGCAAGGAGCUGCAGAUCCUCUACCGCGGCUUCAAGAACGAAUGUCCAAGUGGUGUGGUCAAUGAAGACACAUUUAAGGACAUUUACGCUCAGUUCUUCCCACAAGGAGAUGCGUCCACAUAUGCACACUUUCUGUUCAAUGCGUUCGACACAGACCACAACGGCUCAGUGAGUUUUGAAGAUUUUGUAAUGGGUCUGUCCAUUCUCCUCCGAGGGACAGUCCAGGAGAAACUCAACUGGGCCUUUAACCUGUAUGAUAUUAACAAAGAUGGAUAUAUAACGAAAGAGGAAAUGUUAGACAUCAUGAAAGCCAUCUACGACAUGAUGGGCAAAUGCACAUAUCCUAUUCUUAAAGAGGAAACUCCAAGACAACACGUGGAGAUAUUUUUCCAGAAAAUGGACAAAAAUAAGGAUGGAGUGGUCACCAUAGACGAGUUUAUAGACUGCUGCCAAAAUGACGAGAACAUCAUGAGAUCGAUGCAGCUUUUUGAAAAUGUCAUUUAAUACCUGAAUGGACAAAAUGUCUCUGGUGGCUGGCCAGCGCUGACUGGGACCUUUCUGCUGAUUUCCUCAUCAAGACAAAUCUAUCUGAAUGGAAGUCACACAAUCAAUCCAUAAAACACCAUCUCUCUGACUCAAACCUCAUUCCACUUCCUCUCAUUACAGCAUUUGUAAUUAAAGUAUUAAAGAAUUAAGGUUCUUUCCCCCCGCAGUUAUUACUUUGAAGGAUUCUGUGCAAAUGGUACAUUGCACACCCCCUUACUUGUCAAAUAAGAGGGCAUUUGGGAAAGGAGUGCUUUUAAAGGGCGCAUAUCCCAAAUUUGUUGUACGUUUUUUUUUUUUCCCCCCUGAGGUCAACUUUGUGUUUGUGUGGCUUUAUGUAGUAGGAGUCAUAAUUCAGUUUUACUUGACCAUUUUCAAACUCUGUUUAUCUCUUAGAAUUAAACAGGCUGUUUUUGUUACUGUGCCUUUAAGACUGACAUGUAAAU